AUGACAAUGAAGCUUUCCCUGCAGCAGCAGCAGCAACAGCAGCAGCAGCAAAAACAGCAGCAGCAGCAGCAGCAGAUGGAGGAGGAGCAACGUCAGCCCCAGACCAACCCUCCUCCUCAUCACCAACUGCAGCAGCAGCAGCAGCACCAGCAGCAGCAGCAGCAGCAGCAGCAGCAGCAGGAGCAGGAGGAAGGCCCACUGCAAUAG